GCGGUAACGGGAAAAGCAUUGGAGUGUGUGUCAGUGAGCCGGGACAGUGCCCGCUCCGGAGUCUUCCCCUCGGCUUGGCCGUCAUUUAUGGGCAGCCUCUUCUGUAAGCAGCGCCGCGGCCUCCCACCAGCCAGAGCCCAGAGGAGGAAGAAGCUGCUCCGUGCCCCGUGUCUGCUGUGCUUCAUAGUGAGGGAGCCUGCAGCCAGUGAGCCGGUGUCCCCUGUGCCACCUCCCCAGGACUGUGCCCACCUACCGCUGCUGAGCACCAGUGUCCUGCGCUCAGGGCGUCCCCAGGAGCCCAUAGACAUGGUGCACAAGCGGAAGAACAGCGGAGAGCAGCCGGGCACCCCCUGCAAGCAGCCCCGCUGUGCAGGCGAUCAGGGGCACCCCAGCUCCCAGCAUGAUCAGGAUCACACCCCUUCCUAUUCUAGGGAACCUACCGGCCUGUCCACUGGAGAUCCAACCUUGCCCACCACAGAGGAGCUGGCACAGCAGCCCAUAGGGAGCCCAGCGCUGGAAUGCCCUGAGAGAGAUGGCAUGUGCCUACUGGAGGAGCAUUCACAGAGAUCCGAACCCCUGAGCCCGAUCUGCGGUGACUCCUCAUCCUCCUCCAUGCUUCCUCCUUCCCAGGAUGAGACUCUCAGGGAAGCGGAUCCUGACUCUCACAGGCUGGAGGUUGAGCCGCUAAAUAUUAACCAGCUGCCCCCAUCCCUGCUGCUGAAGAUAUUUUCCCACCUCUCACUGAAUGAGCGAUGCUUGUGUGUGUCUCUGGUCUGCAAAUAUUGGCGUGACCUCUGCUUAGACUUUCAGUUCUGGAAGCAGCUGGACCUCAGCAGUCGCUGCCAGGUGAAAGAUGAAAUACUAGAAAGAAUAGCUUCCAGAUUUUGGAACAUUACAGAGCUCAAUAUUUCCGAUUGCCUCGAUGUGACAGACUCCGGAAUUGGGAUGGUGGCAGCGAAGUGUUCAGGCCUGGUGAAAUACACGGCCUACCGGUGCAAGCAGCUGUCCGACUCCUCACUCAUCUCUCUGGCCACUCAUUGUACGUCUCUGCAGAAAGUUCAUGUUGGGAACCAGGACCGGCUCACUGAUGAAGCAAUCAGACAGUUGGGUUCCAGGUGCAAGGAUUUGAGAGAUAUCCAUUUUGGACAGUGCUACAAGAUUUCUGACGAAGGAAUGACCGUUAUAGCUAAGGGUUGUCCCAAGCUUAAGAAAAUCUACAUGCAAGAAAACAAAUUAGUGUCUGAUAAGUCUGUGGAAGCAUUCGCAGAACACUGUUCCGAGCUGGAAUAUGUUGGAUUCAUGGGCUGCUCUGUUACAUCUAGAGGAGUUAUCCGCCUUACCAGUCUUAAAAAGCUUUCUAGCCUGGACUUGCGGCACAUCAAUGAGCUGGAUAAUGAGACGGUGAUGGAGAUUGUAAAGAAGUGCCGGAACCUCACAUCCCUGAAUCUCUGCCUGAAUAGGAAUAUUGAUGACAGAUGCGUAGAAGUUAUUGCAAAGGAAGGCCGAAGCCUGAAAGAGCUCUACUUAGUAACGUGCAAGAUCACAGAUCACGCUUUGAUAGCCAUUGGUCGAUACAGCACUACCAUAGAAACAGUGGACGUAGGAUGGUGUAAAGAAAUUACAGACCAAGGAGCCAAAUUAAUUGCACAAAGCAGCAAAUCUAUCCGAUAUCUAGGCUUGAUGAGAUGUGAUCAGGUAAAUGAAAAUACAGUGGAGCAACUGGUCCAGUGGUAUCCUCAUAUCACAUUCAGCACUGUACUUCAGGACUGUAAAAGAACUUUGGAACGAGCUUAUCAGAUGGGCUGGACACCAACUCCCUCAUCUGUCUCAUAAUUCACUGGAAAACAAAUUGUUUAUUAAGCAAAUGUCAUGAAAAAUGCUGAUGGAUAUUUUAUACCCAGAAAAGUCUACAAUGUAUUUUAUUUCAGGUCUCCACCAUAAUUGACCCAUGGCACUGCUUCUGGGUGGCUUGUAAAGAAGGUUUUUGGAAUCUUUCCAUUGUGUGAGAAGUAUAUUUUACAAGGUGCUUGGCUCUUGAGAUAUUGGCUCUGUUUGCUGCUGUUAGUAUGGAUUGAUAUAAUUUGUGUGAAUAGUGAUUGUAACAUGUUGAGAUAUUGUGUUAACCGAGCAUGCCACUUCUAGUACUAUCAAAUUCUCACUUUUCCAUCUUUGUUCUAGAGAAAUCAACAUUACGUAUUAUAAACUAGAUUGGUGGUAUUAUUUUCUCUCUUUUAUUUUUAGAAUUCUGAUGAGCAUCUGUAAAGCCUUUAUUGGAGCUUUACAAUCUGCUGCUGAAUAGUCUUUUUAUAUUUAAUCCUUAUGUUUAUAAAACUUUAGACUUUGCAAUGAGUAUGACCUUGCUUUUAUUUGUAGUAAUCUUACAUUUCUUUUUUCCUAUAGUUUUUUCUAUUAUUAAUUCUUGAACAAAAGGUUUGCAUUUGAGCCUUUUGUCUUAUGAUUUGUUAUCAUGGGUUUUAAAGUGGCUCUUUAGUUAUUUUCUCAAAUAUCUUUAGGAUGUGCUUCAGGCUUAACUAUUAAUACACUUUAAUUAAAAUGUAACUCGAAGAUUUUUAACCACAAUGUAAAUUGGUAAUGGGACUCCCCAAUGAUCACAUGUCAUUUAUAGUAUUAGUCUUCGCAUAAGGGGCAGAAUGGCCUUUUGGGCCCACUCAGAGUC